UAAACUUCAUGUCUCAAUUCCGAUGUCAACUAAUGUAAAAAAUUACCAACCUUGUUUAUAUUAAAAUUCACUUACUUUAAUAUCUUUCUACUUCUAUCUUCGAAAUCGGACUACAAAUUGUAUUUACUGAUUAUGCUGUCAUAAUUGAUUAAUAAAACACAGUUUUUUUUUAAGACACGUUUACAAAUGUAAAACAAUUUUUAAAGACUUAAUAAGGCAACAUUAAAAUUAUCACUCAUUAUCACUAUUUUUAAUUCUCAAUAUUGAACCGAACAUACCACAAAAUAAUGAAAUUUGCAUUUGAUGUCAAAUAAUGUCAAAUGUCAAAUAAAUGCUAUGAAUGGUUUAAAUUUAACGGUUUUCAGUAAUUAGCAUAGUUUUUAACUAACGAUAAAAGUUGGAAAACGAUUAAAAAUUCUACAUUUACUUUUAAUUGUUAACUGUAUAAUAGUACUAUAAGAAAUGGCAAAUCUAAGGAAUAAUUUCCGUCGCAAUUGCGAACUGAUGAGUGAAAAUGAUAUCAUGUCAGGAAUAUCCGAUUGUUCGGAUAGUAGCGAUUCUCUAAUACUACCAUUAGAUGAUGUUAAACCUGUAAAUUGUUUUCCGACUUCACGCCCACCGAACUUUACGAAAUCGCAAAUAUUGCGACACUUUGGAGUGAGAGAAAAAAAAGAAAUAGUUGCUAGUACUCCGGUUCAUAAAAUAAGGAAAAGGAAAUCAACUGAAUCAUCACAAAGUUCCAUUUCUUUGUCACCUAUCCAGAAACAAAAUUCAGUGCAAGCUUGCAAUAUUGUAUCCAUAAAGAAACCUGACUAUCAAGGACAUCUGCAAUGUGCAAAACAUUCAGAUGAUUGUGAUGAUGGUCUUCCAUGGGAAAAUGAAAAAGCAACUACUCCUGCUCAAGAUGUAGAAGUCAUUACGAAAAAGAAAAGAAUUAGUUUAAAAGGCAAUAUUAAAAAUGAACAGGAAUCAUCUACAAUAAAGGAGAAGCAACAGUUUGGGGGAUGA